AUGGUCAAACAUCCAGAUGUAACUUUUGAUUUAAUUAAUGGCCAUAAAAGUCUUCGAAGUGAUGAGCUUGGCUCCCACGAUCAUUACUGGGAAAGUGAAUUAUACUCCCAGGCUUAUUUUAAGAACAAAUCCUACGAUACAAAAUUUAAAUAUUACGACUCGGUUAGUUUUUUGAAAUUCCUUUUCUUUCAAUGGGUAGCUAAAUGGGCAUAUCUUCUUUCCAAACAAUAUGUAAAACCAUAUAAGUUACAUCCACUUCCUGUUGCUGACCAGAUCCUGCAUUGGUAUCCAAUUUUUUCAAAACAUGUGAGUGAUUGUUUACUUAGAUUGGAAUCAUUUGAAACAAUUAAAUGCCCGGACCCAAAUACUAAACCAACUAGAUCUGUCAUUUUUCUUGCUUUCGUUUUAACUUUUGGAAAGCGAACAUUAUUUGGUCUUCUAGGCAUUGUGGUCACUAACGUUCUUAGUAUAAGUACGUCAGUAUUGGUUAAACAUCUUUUGGGUAUUUUGAAUACAGAGUUGUUUACUCUCUACAAGAUAUUUCUGUUCUUAUUUACUAUAAUAGGUUUACAAAUUAUAGAUGGAUUAUUAAUGGAAAAUUUUAACUUUUAUUUAAAUAGAAUAAAAGUUUCAUGGGAAAAUUCAUUGGCAAUAAGCGUUUUUCAACAUGGGCUGUGUUAUAGGCGAAACUUCUUUAAUAAUAUUAACGGAUCCAACUCCUUGAAUGUUUGUAACAGUGUCCUUCAUAGUUGUUCUCCUGAUUCUGAUUGUUCUAAAAAUUCAUUAUAUUGUCCUGCAAGAAGAUACCAAAACAAGGAUAUGCCUCCAAGGAUGUUUACAUUUGAGUAUUAUGAUUGCUUUUACAUCUCAAUGUUUUUGGAGUCAUUAGUCUACAUUGUCGAUUUUUUGUCAAAUUUCAUCUAUGGAGCUGUGUUGAUUUCGACUCAGAUUAAGAUUAAUUUAUGGGUCCUAUUUGUAUCUGUUACAAUUUUCAUAUUUUUGAUGGUCGUCGUUGAGAUCAUAAAUACAUACUUAUUUCACUUUAUUUCAUUAAUUAAGGAUUACAGAAUUGGUGAAUGUAUUGAAAUUAUAUCUGAGUUACCACUUAUAAACAAAUUACUUUAUGAUGAUAUUGCCAUUAACAUUAUUACUGACACUAGGAAUAGCGAACUUUUAUUAAUUUUGGUUAGAGUAUUCUUAACCAUAUUCAACAAGUCUUUAUUCGUUAUUUGUACCAACCUAUCAUUCUAUGUCUUGAUGAGAUAUUUUGUAAAAUCAGUUAGAGAUGCUGAAGUUAUUACUGAAAUUGAUACGUCUGGCUUCUUGUCAACAUUUUACAUAUUUUUCAGGAUUAUCAACUCAAUGUUCAUGUUUCCUCACGCUCUUAAAAGACUUACUACUUCAUAUGUAUCUUACAACAGAGUUAAUAAAUUCCUUAUCGAAUGUUCUCCUAACUUUUACAUCAGUGAUAACAAGUUCACAGGUUCUACAAAGAUGUCCACUGUACUAUCAGAUGUGACUAAUGACAUUGACAAGGAUGUAGUAGUUCUGUAUAAGGAUGCCUCAUUCUCAUGGGUCAAUAACAGGAAGGAUUUUGUCAAUAAUAAUAAUGAGGUUCAUUUGAAGAAUGUUAACUUCCAGCUUAAGAGGGGUGAAAUUGCAAUAAUUACAGGUACUCAAGGCUGUGGUAAAUCUAACUUUAUCAAGUCUGUACUGGGUGAAAUGACACUAGUCAGUGGUUCAAUGGCUGUAGUUCCUCUCCAUACAUCAAUGCCUAUAUUUUAUGCUUCUGAAUAUAUAUGGCUACAAGAAGGAACUAUUAGAUCAAACAUAACAUUUGGGUAUAGAUUUGAUGAAGAAAUUUAUAACUCAGUCAUCAAAGCCGUUGAGCUUGAAUUUGAUAUAUUAUCUUGGGAGAAGGGUGACUUGAGGGUGGUUUCUGAUAAUGCUCAUUCACUCAGUUGUGGUCAGAGAGUUAGGAUGGAGAUGGCAAGAGCAAUUUAUGCAUAUCUUAUAUUUAGCAAAGUUAACAAGGAUUAUAAUAGUCAAUGUUCAUUCCUGAUGUGCCUUGAUUCACAAUUCCAUGGAUUAGAUCCAUACGUAUCUAGAACUGUUUUCAACAAUUUGUUCAAUGCUCAGACUGGAUUGCUUGUUAAGGAUGAUUUAGCUGUUAUCGUUUCAUCAUCACUAACUUUGCUUGAUAAGUGUAUUAGAACAUCUGAUACCAAAAACUUCCCAAACAUACCCAUAUACCAAAUUGAGAAUAAAUCACUCCUGUUUUAUUGUUAUUUGUCAGAUGUUUUUACUGAUAAAAAAACACAAACCGGUUUUGAAUAUGUUACACCACCAUCAGGCUCACAUAAGCUAAAUUUCUUCACUAAGGAUUUGCUAAAAUUAUGUUAUUCAGGUUCUACUACAAAGGAUGGAAGGCGCUUUGUUACAAAGUCCAAGUAUAGACGUUCACUAACAUCUAUCAUCCAAGAAUGUUAUGCCAAUGAUAAGUUUAAUCCAUACCUAGUGUAUUUCAAAGCAGCUGGUUUUGCCUUUGUUUUGUUCAUAAUCUUUUCUGUUGCAUCAAGUGUUAUGGACAAUUCCAAGUUUGUUCUCGCAACUAAUCUAUCAGAUUAUAUAUCCAAUAAAACUAAAGAAUUUAAUGAUGGAAUUUCUAUUGACAUGUCAGAAAUUAAAUCACACAGCGAUUCUGUCCUAAAAACAAUACUAAUUAUUAUGACCAUUAUUAUCUGUUGUUCAUUAGUGUCAACCAUGUUAUUCACUAUAUCAAGUUUAAUGGCAUCAAGAAGGAUUCACGAAUACUCUUUGUCCUCAGUUUUCAAAAACAGUUCAUUAAUAAUCAAAAUAAAGAAACAAAUUAAUCAAAUGGUAACUUAUUUUUCUUCAGAUAUUAUUUUUAUCGAUGAAUACGUUGGCUACAUGUUAUGCACUAUAUUGUUGUUAUUCAUCCAGACUGCAAUUUCCAUUGGAACACUAUUCUACACAAUUCCCCUAUCAAUUCCAUUUAUUUUUGUAUCUUUGGCAUUGGUCUUUGAAUUCGUUGUUUCAAAAUAUAUCAUAGCUUCGAGAAACCAACAUCUUGGAGAUUUAGAGUCUUUAUCACAUGUCAAUACAAUGUGCAAGAAUGCCAUACUGGGAUCACCCAUUUACAGAAGUUUUAAAAAGGAAUGGGAAUUGGUUAAUGUUGUUAUUGAAAAGACUGACUAUAAGUUCAGGUGUAGAUUUUUGGCAAUAAGUUUUGCUUCAUGGACUUCAGUAUUGUCCACUUGGAUAUUCUCAUUCACAACCGCUAUAUUCCUUACAGCUAUGAUAUUACUUGAUAAAUUUACAAAUUACAAAAUGGAAGUUGGUUACUUUGGAUUAGGUCUAUCACUGGGUAGCAGUGUUAUUAAAUCAUUUAGCAAUUUCUCAUUUUCAUUUGCCAGGUUACAAGUUUUCAUGUGUUCAGUUACAAGGUUUCAGUGCUUUAUUCCACCUGGCACCAAGUGUGUAUUUGAUAAGUUCCGUAAUGUUCAUGAAGAGGAUAUAGUUAUUAAUUCUAGCAAACUUAAUUUGCAGGUGGAUAAAAAGGUGUUACUUAAGAGAAGGGCACUUGAAUUCAAAGAUACAAAACCCAACUUAAUAAAGAGGAUGCUUUACAAUCCAAAAAUUAACUUCACUGACAUUUGCAAAUAUCUUCCAUCUGAACAUAGUGGUAUAGUUCUGAAGGAUAUUUGUGUAUAUACAUCAUCUCAGAUGAAUGAGGAAGGUCUUAUCCUCAAUAAUAUAAAUGCAUCACCAUCUAGGUCAGAUAUUAUUGGUAUCAUUGGAAGAACUGGAGCUGGUAAGACAACCCUAUUAUCUGUUCUGCAAAAUACCGCAAGGCAUCGAUCUGGUCAAGUCCUGCUGGAUGGCAGAGAUUUACAAGACAUUCCCAAGAGUCUCAUUAGGCACAUUAUCGGUGUUCUUCCUCAGCUUCCAUUUGUUUUCAAGGGUUGGACUAUUAGAAGGUUCUUGGAUCCAAGGAGACUAUUUACAGAUGAUGAAAUUAAUGACGCUCUGGAUAAUUGUGGUCUCCUUGAGUUUGUUAAUAACCUUCCAGGCAACUUAAAACUAGAUACUAUAAUUAUGCCUAAACCCCUAAAAUUAAAGAAGACCAAAGACCCAUCAGAAUCCUUUAACAAGGGUAAGGGGCCUUUAUCUGAAGAAAGUUCAAUGACGUUAGAUGACCUUAGCUCAGUAGGUACUAUGUUAUCUGUAACUCAGCUCAGAACACUUUGGUUUGCCAAACUAGUAUUAUACAAACAUCAGUAUAGGAUGUUAAUCAUUGAUGAACCUCCAUCUGAUAAUUGUUCAGAAGAUGGAUCUGAGGUUCAAGAUAUUGGAAUACCAAUUUACGAAUUAUUGGACAAAUAUUUCAAACAUUGUACUUGUUUUGUUACUGCACAUUAUGCCAAAGUCCUUAAAUCUUGUACAUCAGUUUGGGUAAUGCAUAAUGGUAAACUUAUAAAAACAUGUAAGGCUUCAGAAGUAUCCAAAAAUGAAUCGAUAUCAAACAUCAUAGAGGAGAUGGUCAAUAAAUAUUCAAACUAA